AUGAAUCGAGUAUUCACUUACAAGUUCGACACGCCCACCUUCAAGGGUACUACUCAAGUCAACACCGGUCUGUUCAUCAAUGGAAAGUUCGUCGACCCCAUCGAGGGUGGCUCCAUCGACGUCACUAACCCAGCUACUGGAAAGGUGAUCACAACCAUCGCUGGGGGCACAAAGAAAGACAUCGAUGUCGCAGUCAAAGCGGCCAAGGAGGCGUACAAGAACUCGUGGGGCCUAAAGUGUCCUGGGGCCCAAAGGGGGCGAUAUCUAUCCAAGCUCGCAGACCUCGUCGAGAAGAACAUCGAUGAGAUGGCUGCAUUGGAGACUUUGAAUGUCGGAAAACCAUUCAAGACCGCGAAGAAUAGUGAUCUUACUGAUAUGAUCUCUGUUCUCAGAUACUAUGCCGGAUGGGCGGACAAGAUUCAUGGGAAAGUAAUUGAAACCUACGAGGAAAAAUUCAGCUAUACUCGACAUGAACCUUACGGCGUUGUGGGCCAAAUUGUACCAUGGAACUUCCCUAUGCUGAUGGUGGGAUGGAAGCUCGGCCCGGCGCUGGCCACAGGGAAUACCGUUGUCCUAAAGCCGUCCGAAAUCACCCCUUUGACCGCUCAACGCCUCUGCGAUUUCAUCAUCGAGGCCGGGUUCCCACCUGGUGUUGUCAAUAUCGUCAAUGGCUACGGUAGCACGGCUGGUCAGGCAAUCAGCGAACAUCCAAACAUCUCCAAGGUUGCUUUCACCGGCAGUACCCUAGUGGGAAGGAAGAUCCAAGAAGCGUCAGCCAAAUCGAAUUUGAAAGCCGUCAGUCUGGAGCUUGGAGGAAAGAGUCCAUGCAUUAUUUUUGACGAUGCAGAUAUUGAACAAGCUGUGAAAUGGGCUGCUACGGGUAUCUUCUCAAAUGCGGGUCAAAUAUGCAGUGCUUCUUCUCGAAUUCUGCUCCAGGAAACCAUCUAUGACACUUUUGUCGAAAAGUUCACUGCGCUCGCCAAAAGUUUGCAGCAUGUAACCGGUGAUCCUUUCGACGCGGACACCAAACAUGGGCCUCAGGUUUCGCAGAUACAAUUUGACCGCGUCAUGGGUUACCUCGACUCCGCCAAGGAGGAAGGAGCGCAGUUCCAUGUCGGUGGAGAGAAACAUGGCAUGGGAGAGGGUUUCUUUAUCCAGCCGACUAUCUUCACCGGCGGGCCCCACAUGAAAGCGGUCAAGGAGGAGAUUUUCGGGCCGGUGGCCGCUCUAAUCAAGUUUAAGACUGAAGAAGACGCGAUCGAGUUGGCGAACGACUCAUCUUAUGGUCUGGCUGCGGCAGUCUUUACAGAGAACUCGAGUAAAGCCAUCCGAGUGACUCAUGCUCUGGAGGCUGGUACUGCCUACGUUAAUUGCUAUGGUGACUUGGAGCCUUCCCUUCCGUUCGGAGGUUACAAGCAAUCUGGCAAUGGGCGGGAGCUGGGUGAGUAUGCGUUGAAUAUGUACUCGGAAGUCAAAGCUGUUCAUAUGAACAUCGGAUUGAAAUUGUAA